CGCCUUUCAUCCAAAAUACAACACUUUUUUAAAAUUUAUUUCUUGUGGUCCCGUAUCCCGUAUCACGUCAAAACCUUCCCCCUCCCCCCUUUCAAUAAAAAAAAAUAAAAAAAUAAAAAAUCUAGAAAGGCAGAAAGAGAAAGAAAUUUAAGACCCCUACACGCCUUUCAUCCAAAAUACAACACCUUUUUAAUUUAUUUCUUGUGGUCCCGUAUCCCCCUCGCUGUGUUUACAUGCUGCAGAUUUUCUCGGCCGAAGAAGAAGAAAUUUUUCUCACGAUUAAAGGUCGGGUUUUUUUAACGAAAAUGAUAGAAAUAAUAUAAAGAAAGAAGAAAGAAGAAAGAAAAUAGAUCUAGGGGAUAGAGACUAGAUAAUAGUCUAAAACCCUAGAAAAGAAGGAAGAAGAAAGAAGAAGAAGUUUUUCCUCACGAUUAAAGACACCUCGAAGGUGCUUCCACACAUUUUCUGCAAACUUGCCUUCCGCUGCUCCCACAGCAGAUGGUUUGUGCAUGGGACUCUGUGAGCUUCUGAAUGAGCAAGGACACUUGGGUAAUUCUGGAUUCAUGAAUGACAUGAACAGAAGUCCAACACCCUUGGGCACUGGCAGACCUCCUCAUGAUGUCUUCGAGUUUAAGCACCGCCUGGCAAGGCCUCCGUUCCGCCCACCGAUGGGGAUGGAAAUGGGGAUGAUGCCCGGCCACCCAGCCCCUGUGAUGAUGGUGCCAGGGCAGCCGGGACCUCCCUUCCCAGGAUCGCCCAUCUUCCGGCCCCCCAUGGCUGAUGGGCACCCCAUACCCCCCCUGCCUCCUCCCCCUGUACCUCACAUGGUUCCCCCACACAUGCGUCCCCCUCAUGCUCCACAUCUGCACUCGCCUCAUCCAUCCCAUCCACAUGCCCUAGCCCCAUCUCACCCCAUUCCACCACCGCAUCCACCUCCCCCAUCUCAUCCUCCACACCCAUCGUUACCUCUGCACCCUCAGCCUCCACACAUGCCAAAUACACUCAUACCACCAGGCACUCAGUUCCCACACAUGCCCCCAGGCGAAGCAAAGCCGCCUCCACCCCUACCCCCCGAUCCACAGGCUCCACCGCCUGAACUGAGUGCGCUUCCCCCUCUUCCGUCUAGUAAGUUAGCAGUCCAGCCUCCUCUCCCUCCUCUUCCACCUCUUCCACCUCCAGUAGAUAUAUUGAAGCCCCCGCCACCCAAAGAACCGCCACCCCCAAGCCCAGUUAAGAAGCCUCCUUUGCCCUCCUCUUCGCCCCCACCACCCAAGUUGCCACAGCCCUCUGCAAGCAAUGCUACAAGUUCCACCGCCCAUAAACAACAGAAACAACAGGAAGAAAAGAAAAACAUUGCCAAAGCUCCUGCUGGCAAACCAAUCCCAAGUAUUGUGUCUUCCCAGCCCUCAGGGAAGCCAGCCCACCAACAGUCCACCAAUGGUACCACAAACCCCCGAAAUAAUGUGUCCCGCAGAAACCACACUCCCACCCCUCCACCACCCCCUCUUAUGCACAUGAAUACUCUACAGCCGGCUUUCUCGUAUGUGCCAAAUGAAGAUGCCCAAGGUGCUGUUAUGGAGGAGGAGCCUUACGACCCUGAGGAAGCCAUGUUCUCUCCUUCUUCGAGUACUGAAUCUUCCCCAGUUGAGGAGAGUCAGGAAGAUUCCCUGAUAAACAAGUAUGUAAGAAACCCCAAAGCUGGAACUUCAAUGGAGAACUUCACCAGUUCCCUCAAAACACCUGAAAGAGUAAAGUCAGACACCAAGAAGAAGAGGGUGUCUUUCUCAAAUGAAGUCUCCUUCUCAGGCGAGAGCAAGACUCCUCAAGAAUCUCCGGCAAGACCAAAUCUAGACACGAGACUCAAGAUCAUGUUUGGCACAGGACCCUCUGUCAGCGACCCUUCGCCUCCCAAAGUAAAGAAGUCACUAAGUAAACUACCUCUAUCUUUAGACAAGCAGGACAAGAUGGAGAAAAUGGAUGACAUAGAUCAGCCACUGUCUCCAACUCCUUCCCCCUUUAUUUCUAGACACAUGUACCUCUACUGGCACAGGGAGACUGUGAAGUUAAGAAGAGCAUCCAAGCUCUCAAACAUGGACUUUGUAGAUUCAAAUUCAAAGGCACAAUUAAAUAUUGAUGGUAAUGCAGGAAAGGCUAGUGUUAAACCCCCGGUGAAUGGCCAGGUACUAACCCCAGGUAUUUCUCCUUUAGUGGGGAUACCUCCCCUGCCCAAGAAUCUCCCCACUGUACCCCCUCCAAAUUACAAAAAGCCUCUUUCAGAACACGUGACUUUCAAGGAUAAUAGUCUGAAAGCCGAAUCCAGCCUGAAAAAUGUAGGACGCGUCCAUCCCUAUAAAGGCAGCCAAAAUAGAAGGAGUAACACCAUAAAGACAAGCUCUUUAGAUGCAGAAUUUGAGCUAGCAUGUGAAAGCUUCCCCUUAGAUAUUUUGAAUGAAAAGAUGGACAGUUCAGAAAUUAAUAAUAAAGAUGUUAGUUAUCCAAAAGACAAAACAGUGAACCUUGUCAUGAAAAGGGUGCUUGAAGACCUACGGAAAGCUAUCCGCUAUGAACUAACAAAAGAAAUCUUAGAUAAAAAGUUAAAAAAGUGCCUUAAAACUAAGUAAUGGUUGUUAGUUAUCUCUACAGACUUUCUUACCAGUACAAACCUCAACAAAAACUAAAAAAAAAAAAAAUUGCUUCACAUCUUUUUGAAAAAUAGGCUUGAAGUGAUAGCCAGUAAAUAUUGCUCACAGUUCAUAAUGAAAUAAAAAAGUGGUUUUGCAGGUGUUCAUAUGCCAGGAGGUAUGUGUCUUUAGAAAAUCAGACCAUUGAGUUAUUUUUCUUCUUUUUCUUUUUUUCAGAUAAUAGAAUUCACUAUUUUUUAAUCAACAUUUUUGGAGAUCCUUCCGUGUAUAUUUCACAUCUUGUUAUGUCAUUGUUGAUGCAAGCUUUGUCUUGGUGUAACAGAAAUGGUUUCCCGGUAAAGAAUGGACUUGAGGGAUUGUUGUCUGUGUUCUAUAUUAUGAUUAUUGUCAGUAUUUUUUAUUUAAAUAAUGUUUUUUCUUUCUUUUUUUUCUGAUGUAUAUUUAUACGUUGUACUGUGAUGAAUCUGUUGUCAGUCAGUAUUACUUGAGUUACUAUUUCAUGUACUAUGAAUAUUACAAAGGGACUUUUUACACCCCCACCCCUCAAAAAAAGAACACAGUUUGUUUCAUUAAAAAAAACAUAUAUAUAUCUAAUAACAAAUCUGUGAAUGCAAAGUUUUGUUCCUUAUUUUGGUUCAUAUGAGAUUUUGCAUUUGAUAAUACAAAAAUAGAUGCAUAACUUCCCUGUAUUUAUCUUUUGACUUCUUUAUUCAGGAACUUGUUUAUUCAGGAAAAACAAAGUCUGAAAUGGUGUGUCUGUCUUAUAUUGUGUCACCUGUUUGUGGAUAUGUAGCCUGUACAUUGGGUUUUAAUUAAUUCAAGAUCCAGCUAAAUUAUUAUAAUGUAUAAUGUAUCCUGGUAUUAUCUUAUCUCUACAGCUCUUCCUCCUCCUCUCUCUCUACUCCUCUUCCUAUCCUCCUCCUCCUGCCACUUCCUCUUCUACUUCCUCUUCUACUUCCUCCUCCUCCUCUUUCUCCUUGCUCCUUCUCCUCUUCCUUCUUGCUCCUCCUCUUCCUCCUUACUCCUCCUCAUCUUCUUUACUCUGCCUCCUCUUCAUCUUAUUCUUAUUCUUCUCCCUCCUCCUCCUCCUCCUCCUCCUCCUCCUCCUCUUCCUCUUCCUCCUUUUCCUCCUUUUCCUCCUCAGUUUUGGUUUGAUUGAAUAUUGAAGUUUUCCUUUAAUUUUACUUUAAUUUGCUUUCAAACAAGAGUGGAAGGAAAAAAAAAAACAUUUACAACGCUUCAAAGUGAUGGUUGUAUAAUUAUCAACAUUUAGAUAUGCAUAUGUUAAUGACUUUAUUCAGAUUUUUUUUUAUUUUUUUUAUUCCUCUUUUCUGAUUACAGGUUUUAUAUUUGCGUGUUGUUGAUUUUUUUUUCUUUCUUUCGUGAUUAUAAAAUAUGUGUAGAAAAGAGAAAGAAAUCUCAUCUUUUACUUCAUUUGUUUUGAAGAACCAGGUAAUAUUGUCAAUGUGUGGUACAGUGAUGAAUACUUAAUCAUGUUAGCAUGUUAAGAAGAUGACCAUUUUUUUAUUAUUUAUAAAAGGAAAAUUGGCAAUAGGAUGACUUAACUUUUAUCUCUUAGUCUUUCAAAAGCAGUGAAAUAAGGAAAAGUUUUUGCGAGACCUUUUCAAACUUUGUACAAUAUAUAUAUUUCACGCAGUGUAUUUAUAAGGAGUGCCCCGCCCCCCCCCACCCCAUAUUCCCUUUGCUCCUAGCAUACCUCCUCCCACAUACUUAUUUUUUGACUAACUUAAUCUGAAAUGAAUAUUUUUGCAUAAAAUUACAAGAUGUAUGGAGUUGUUUUAAAUCAUCGUCACUUUUCUCUCUUUUUACGACAAGGUAUUUAUAAUGCUAAUAUGUCACUAGCCCUUUUAUGGGACUGACGUCAGCUGAGGGUCUCUCUUUGAGGUCUUAAAGCCUCGGAAGUUUGUGCGACAUGCACUGAAGUGUUGGUAUUGCGUGUUGCAUCUUAACUCUGACAAGGUGUAGUAUAUAUAUACUACACCUUGUAGUAUAUAUAUACUGGUCUUCCCUAUGUAGAUAAUUAUUGUACAAUAGAGCUAUUACUAUGAAGUACAUGUUAGUAAGUAUU